AUGAGCCCAAAUGGCGAAGAAGUUGCUGCGGCUGAAGGUCGUCAGCAGCGCAGGGCAGAUGCCGGUCGCGAAAGGGCUGGCGCCCUGGAGGAGAAAGAAGAGGUCAAGGAAGAACCAAGGAACACGCAGGGCAAGCUGCUGGACCUUCUCACGGGCCUCACGGAGCGCAUGGAGGCGUCGCGAGGGCGAUCGGAGGAGAAUGAGCGCUUGAAGGGCCAUGAGUCCAGCGUUUUUGGUUCGGUGUUGGGGCAAGGCAAAGCAAUGACCAGAGAGGCGUUGGAUGUGUCGCCACCGAGGCGUGUGUCACCCGGCGUAUCGCCAUCAACGUACUUUGGUGCAAGACAGCCUGGAUACGCUGGUGCAGCGGCCAAAGUUGAGAUGGCGCAAGCGCCGCAACCAGUACUGCCUCAGCAAUACGUGCCACCACCCAUAUCAAGUUCGCGGAGCGAGCAAGUGGUUUCCAGUGGAGUUAAGACGUCAAGGUAG